UUAAGGUUGAACUCGAAGAGCGGGAAACUUUCCUGGUGAGCUCGGCCAUUAGUACGACAAAUUUACAAUACGAAAAAUCUCGCAUAGGUUUGCAUUCGAAGCUUGUUAAUCAUGGGAAAAAAGAAAGAUAAGAUUGAACCAACUAAGCAAGAACCAGAAGUCGAUAGCGAAGAGCUCGACGAAGAAGAAUAUGAGGUCGAAAAAGUCGUCGACAAAAGAACUGUCGGCGGAAAAGUUGAAUAUCUUCUAAAGUGGAAGAACUACCCCGAUAGUGACAAUACYUGGGAAGCCCAAGAGGGUUUGCAGUGUCCAGAGCUUAUAGAAGAAUUUGAAAAGACGCGAAAAGAAAAGAAGAAACUCAAAAGUGCGAAAAGAAAGGAUAGUUUAUCGAGUGACAAAGAAGCCAAAGCAAAGAAAAGAAAAGUCACCAGUUCAUCUACCGAGUCCACAGAACCCAGCAUGGUGAUGAAGGCUGUUGAGGUUGAGGACUACAAACUUGAUCAAAGAGACCCAAUUAGCGAGGGAUGGGAGGCAGAGGUGAUUCUUGGUGCAACAGAAGUUGACAGUCAAAUCCACUUUUUAGUACAAUGGAAAGGAACAGACAGAGCUGACCUUAUCCCUGCUAAAAUUGCCAAUGUCAAAUGGCCACAAAUAGUUAUCAAAUUUUAUGAAGAACGAGUCACCUGGACRAAUACAGAAAACAGCGCAGCACAAGUAAAAGCAAGCUAGAAAAGAUGUSUGUUAAAAAACAACUGACUAUGAACAUCAUCUUGUUGGUGAGAGUAAAGGAAACYUUAGAUUUGAAGCUACAUUGAUCUUUCUAUUAAUCCCAUGUACAGUCUUUUAAAAUGAUUAUCUGAARCUGCUUGGCUGAACAGUUCAUUGUUUAUUUUAAUAUGAUCAUGAUUUGGAUGGGGUUAGUAAGGAAAGCUGUAGAUUUUAUGCCACCUYUUCUUUCGAUUAAUGCCAUGUACAGCAUUUUAGAUAACUAAAACAGUUUGUUAGAUAUUUUACUAUGUAUACUAGCCAUAUACACCAAGUUAAAGAGAUGUUGUUAUGUUCAAAAUUGUGGGUGAWAGAUACUGUAAUCCAAGUGGUUUAUGGGAUGCUAUUCAAUUUACAUGUACACAAACRAAGAACCAUCUAAAUUAACAUGAACGAUUUUUAGGAUUAUAUUWUUGAUUUCAAGUGUUCCUURCAWCACUUGGUUGCCACCAUGUAAUUGUUAACAUUUCUUCAACGGGAUCAUAUAUGGAUCGCSCAAUGUAAUAUGGCUUUUUGAUAAAACCAUUAAAUAUAAUAGGAGCAGUAAAGCUAACUGAUGAGCUUUGUCAAGGAACUGUCAUCUAUAUAUAAUGAAACAAAGUAGUAUUUGUACUACAUGUAGUAAGACUUGAGACUGAAAUAUGUUUUAAUUAAUUUGAACAAAAAGAAACACUUUUUUUUUCUUGUGUGUAAAUCUAGUAAUGCCAAUAAUGUAGUGAAGCAAAGAUCCCUGAUAUUUGUGGGAAUUAGUCAAAUCCAAAUGCAAGCAAUGGAACAAGGUGUAUAAGUGUAAUAUCAGUGUUUUGACUCAGUCAAAACACUGAUAUGUCUUUACUCUUAUGCACUUAAUAGUCUCCCUGAUUCUAAUGUUUCGCUGUACAUUUUGUACAUGUAGGCACUUUMCACACAGGAAUAGAUUUAAAACUGUUGGAUUAGAAAUAAUGUACUCGAGGUUUAGGUUGCCUUAAGCUUUAGCAAGUGGGAUUUUUGGAGUGAAGGCACACAUUUCAUGUUGUCAUGAUUUUGUUUUGAUGUGUACCAUGGCUCUUCAAGGUUACACCCUAGUAGAUUGUACAACUUGAAAUCUUGAUAUUUGCUUUUAUCUUUUUUUUUGUGUGUCUUACAUAUUAUUUUGUUACUGUUUUGCAGUAUUUAUUUUGGAUGUAUGUGUGUCUUCACUCCAUGAAAUGAUUCAAAAUCAUCCUUAUAUGAUGGUCAUACAGUAYAAACUACUUUUUGAAAGAAUACAGAAUAUUGCAUACUAUUGAGCACUUAGCCUUAACCMACUAGACAAUAAUAGUCUAUUUGUAGUCAAGUUCAGUUUUAUAAUGGGUUUUCAAUAUUAGGUUGGACAUGGAAGCCUACUUUAAUCACUCAGAUCCUAGUAUGCUGUAUUCAUAUUUUUUUGGAAUAGUUGCGCAUUAGUUUUUAUGUAUAAAGAUAUUUAGUUAUGGAAACUCUUGAUUUUAAAAUAUCUAUUUUAACAUUACUUUGUUGUAAUUAACUCGUAAGUAUAUUGUAUUAAUAAACUGAAUUACAUUUAA